UUGAAAGGCUUGUUCAAUGUAGAGAAAAAGAUAUAUAUAAAAAAUAUUAUUCUUUAAAGAAAACAGUAACUAAAUGAAUAACGAAAGAGACGAUAUACAGUUUAUAAUUUAAUAACAAAUAACGAAUUCAAAAUAAGAUAAACUGAACUGUUGAUAUUUUUUUGUUUUGAUUGUAUAUUUGUCAAACACAAAAAAUGGAUGAUAGCAUAAAUAAUUUCUUGGUUGAUAAUAAUCGAAUAAGAUUUUUGGAGAAUCGUGACAAUAAUUCACGAUGGUGCGAUCCAGAUAAUGGAAGUAAUUCGGAAUGUCCUGACUUGGAUUUUGUGUACAGUGACACAGAUACGUAUCCAAAUGAAAUUGCAGAGCUUUACAGCUAUACAGAACAGAAUGAAUUUCAUCUUAAUAUUAAGGCAUUUGAAGAACAAAUGUCCCUUUACAAGCUGCAACCAAGCUGGCAAAAAUUGACAGAGAUCCAACGAAAAGAUGUCAUACUCAAAUUACUUGAUCAAUUGGAUUUGUCAAAAAAGAAUCUUCGAAUGCAAGCAGCUCGGACCAUUUUAUAUUUGGCACAAGGUUGCUUUUGCGAAGUACAGUCGGACCACGAACAACAAGAAUGGACACGGGAAAAUGUUAAACUACUCUAUAACAUGGGAAUAUUUCCGGUUUUUGUAGAACUUUUAAAUUUUGAGAUUGAAAAUUCUAGUGCAACAAACAUUGCGAUGCGAAAAGUAGCCGUUUCAUUAGCCGAUUCCGUAGAUUUAAGAAUCAUUCUUUCCGUUCUGUACAUAAUGACUGAGACAAUUCGCUGCGAAAAGGUGGUCGGAUCUAGUGAUUUUGAGGACAUUUCUGAUACAUUUACUAAAGAAUUGAAUGCCCCGAUGGCAGACGAACUUUUAGCGGUAAAACUAUUGAAUAUGAUUACAAGGUUUUGUGGCGGUACUGCACCACAUUUUCCAAUGAAGAAAGUAUUGCUGUUGCUUUGGAAGAUUUCAUUAGUUAGCUUGGGUGGCAUGGAUACACUUCGAAAACUAAAGGAUGAAUACAGAAGUCAAAAUAAUUUAAGCCCUGUGAAGGAGGACACAUUAGAAGUGGCCAGAAAUAUGCGUCCAAGUUCACCACCAGCCACUGUAGCUGACAUGUUGGAUAAUCAGAAUGCGAAACGGAAUCGUCCCUUCAGACGAGUACGUACGAACGAUAUAUUGCAAGAGCAAAGUUUAAUCAAGCAAAGCUCGCUGGAUGAACAGGAACAAAUGACAAUGGAGCAACAGGAAAACGAUGAAGAAAUCAAUGAUGAAUAUCGACCGACAACAAAUGGUAGCGAUAUCUCCACUUCUAUGGAAACAAAUACAGAAGGUGAAGAAGGUGCUGUUAGCUCAAAUGGGACAAUUGCAUCCACAAAUGCAAAUGCAGCGUCAACAUCCAUGCCACUCACUUGGAAUCAAAUUAUCAAAUUGCCAUGGGCUCCCAAGGUUCGUCAAAAGGACAUUGACCAAUUUCUAUAUGAUUCACGUAAUAAGUUUAUUGGUUACUCAUUCACCGGUGACCAUGAAAGUUUGGCUGGACUUCCACAACCCAUCCACGAAGGAUAUAACAUUCUUAAAAGGCAUAUGUACACUAGUCUAUCUGAUAUUCAUAUAAAACGAGAAGAGGAAAUUGCUCGAAAUCCACUUGUUAACGUUGAAAAUGAUAUUCCAAUGACACCCGCUGAAAUAUUGUACCAAGCGAUAUUGCCGAAUCUUCCACAGUGCAUGAUUGCGCUUCUUAAAAUACUUUUGGCCGCAUCGCCUACAUCAAAAGCAAAAACAGAGAGCAUAAACAUAAUGGCUGACGUGCUCCCUGAAGAGAUGCCUGUAACAGUCACGCAAUCAACAAAAUUAGGCAUCGAUGUGAAUCGCCACAAAGAAAUUAUUAUAAAAGCAGUAUCAGCCAUUCUGUUGCUCUAUUUGAAACAUUUCAAAAUCAAUCAUGUGUAUCAAUUCGAAGUGAUGUCGCAGCACUUGGUAUUUGCCAACUGUAUUCCAUUGGUAUUGAAAUUCUUCAAUCAAAAUCUUUUGGGUUAUGUUGGAUCAAAGAAUGUGAUUCCGAUAUUGGAUUUCCCAGCUUGUAUUAUCGGUGAUUCACCGCCAGAAUUGACGUCUGACAGUUUGGUCAUUGGUGACACAGCGCCGUAUUCUUGGCGCAACAUCUUUUCGUGUAUAAAUUUGUUGCGAAUUCUUAAUAAACUAACGAAAUGGAAACAUUCGCGUGUCAUGAUGUUAGUUGUAUUCAAAGCGGCACCAAUUUUGAAGCGUACAUUAAAAGUGAGACAUGCUUUGAUGCAAUUGUAUGUUUUAAAACUUUUAAAAAUGCAAACCAAAUAUUUGGGCCGACAGUGGCGCAAAACUAAUAUGAAAAUUAUUAGUGCUAUAUACGAAAAAGUGCGACAUCGACUUAACGAUGAUUGGGCUUUUGGAAACGACUUGGAUGCAAGACCGUGGGAUUUUCAAAUGGAAGAAUGCACGUUACGCUCAUGUGUUGAUCGUUUCAAUAAUCGUCGAUAUUUAUCGGCUCAAGCUUAUUUGAAUGCGAAAAAUGUUUUAUCUAAUACUCACGUUUCACCACAUCUCCUAACAAAUACAAAUAACACAAAUAUUCAAGUGUCUGCGACUACAUCAAAUAUGACAAAUCAAAUUGGCUUCGCAGCUGGUGGAGUUGGUACGAUUGGUAAUAGCAAUGGAAAUGGUUUAUCCAAUAAUUGCGGAAUCUCACAAAUAGGUAAUGGAAAUGGGUCAGCAAAUGAAUUUAAUGAGCCAUAUGACAACAGUAAUUUAAUUGAUAUGGCAGUUGGAUCUAAUUUCAUAAACAGUGGCCAAGAACGAAACUUAUAUGCAUCUGGCUACAGUGGUUGGAAUAUGGAAAAUGUUGAUUUAAGUGAAAAUUUUAAAAAGCACUACGAAGUAUGGUUACAGAAGGAGGUGUUUAACAUCAAAAUCGAUUGGGAUUCACUGAAAACAGUUUAUGACAUUGAAAUGGACGACAAUAAAAAAAUAGAUGAUUAUUCAAAAGUCAAAAGUGAUUCUAGCGUUGUGAUUCAGUCCGCAGAAUAGGCAACAAAUAAAACUAGGGGCAUUUUACUAUAUGCGAAUAUCUGAAUCAAAAUAUAAUUUUUUUAUGCUAACAUUUUACACAAAAACCAUUUUAAUUACGAUCAAAUAAUAAACUUGGAGAAUAAUUUCUGUCAGUAUGAUAAACUAAUA